CUUCAUCGUCACUCAAACGAGAUGGUUAAAUGUGUGGUAAAGUAUGACAAUAAUCCGAAUGGAAUAUAUUACAGUGGACAGUCAUUGUCUGGAAUAAUUGAAUUUGAGAAUGAAAAGACGAGAAAUGUUCGCGGCGUUAGUUUAAGAAUUGAAGGUUUUGCUAAAUGUAGUUGGUCGGAAAGUGAAGGCACUGGGAAAAAUAGACGAACAGUUCGUUACCGUGGACGUGAAGAUUACAUCAACUCAUUUUCCUAUUUAAUUGGAAGUUAUGACGUGACGGAGUCAGUGCUAACCGAAGGCGUUCAUAAAUUCAAUUUUUCUUGCGUUCUCCCGCAACAACUUCCGACAAGUUUUGAAUCACAUUACGGAUACAUUCGCUAUCAGAUUAAAGUUGAAGUCGAACGACCAUGGAAGUUUGAUAUUAAAUAUUGCUUUGGAUUUACUGUGAUUAAAAUUCUUGAUUUAAAUUAUGAACCGCCAGCGAUAAGAAGUCCAAUGAAGACGGAAACAUCAAAAACUUUCUUUCUCGGUCUUGGAUCCAAGCCACUGUUUGUGGCAGCAGAAAUUCCAAUGUCUGGUUUUGUGUCAGGUCAACUAAUUCCAGUUUCUGUUAAAAUCAACAAUGAAUCAAGCACUGACGUCGAAGCCACUAGAGUAUCGUUGAAGAAAAUCAUUCACUACAACAGUUUAACUCCAAGAAGGAGAACAAAGGAACGCAUUGAAAAAGUUGCAGAAGUUAUCCAUGUCGGAGUUCCUGGGAAGAGUAAGAACAAUGUCACUGCAAUGCUGAAGAUUCCACCAGUUCCACCAACCAAUACUGCUUACUGUAAAGUUAUUCAAGUCUCUUAUGAAAUUCGUAUCAAAGCGAAAAUUGGUGGAAUUCAUCGAAGCCCAGGAUUGAGAUUUCCAAUCACCAUCGGAACGGUGCCACUACAAAACUCCAUCUACACACAACCUCGAUUAGGUUGGAAUGCUGGUGCGGCUGCUGCUGCUGCUCUUCCCCUUCCAAGCACUUCAAAUGCUCAACCUUCUGCACCAGAAUUUGAUGCUUUGCAGCCAUCGGCGCCAUUUGAUUUGCCACCACCGUCAUAUCAAGAAGCUAUUGGAGGGUCAACAAAGAAAGAUUCCAAUAAUGGUGAAGCUUUGACUGAAGAUCAACCGUUCAGUCCAAUGUAUCCAGUAUUUAAUUUCUCAUCACAACCGCAACCACAAUCACAAAUCAACAUUCAACCAUCUAACUCUGAACUUCCACCUUCUUACAAUGCUUCACAGGAAAAUUAUCAAGAGAAAAAAGGAUUUUAA